UCUUCCACCUCCGUCCAGACGUUUUCGAAGAGGUGGAAGUACAUUACUCAUCUUGCGAAUGUGGGCAAGUGGGUGCAUGAGUGAGUGAGCGAUUGGGCACGUGGCCGAGUGGGUCAGUGGGCCAGUGGCCCCGUGGUCAAGUUGGCAAGUGGGUCAGUGGGCUAGUGGUCAAGUGGGCCAGUGGGUCAGUGAGCCAGUGGGCCCGUGGUUAAGUGGCCGAGUGGGUCAGUGGGCUAGUGGUCAAGUGGGCCAGUGGGUCAGUGAGCCAGUGAGCCCGUGGUUAAGUGGCCGAGUGGGUCAGUGGGCUAGUGGUCAAGUGGGCCAGUGGUUAAGUGGCCGAGUGGGUCAGUGGGCUAGUGGUCAAGUGGGCCAGUGGGUCAGUGAGCCAGUGGGCCCGUGGUUAAGUGGCCGAGUGGGUCAGUGGGCUAGUGGUCAAGUGGGCCAGUGGGUCAGUGAGCCAGUGGGCCCGAGGUUAAGUGGCCGAGUGGGUCAGUGGGCUAGUGGUCAAGUGGGCCAGUGCGUCAGUGGGCCCGUGGUUAAGUAACCGAGUGGGUCAGUGGGCUAGUGGUCAAGUGGGCCCGUGGGUCAGUGGGCCCGUGGUUAAGUGACCGAGUGGGUUAGUGGGUCGGUGGGCCUGUGGUGAAGUGGGCGAGUGGGAUUCCUUUCGCCACUGGGCAGGUGCCUGGAGAGGAGCACGAGCUGUUAUUCUCAUUGACGGGCACUGGGGCCGACGCACCACCCGAAGGUCUCUUUGUGGUGGAGGAACUCACCGGGGAAAUCAGUGUCACUGGCUCCAUUGAUCGUGAAGAACACCCCACAUUUGAGGUGCGUAUCGACGGAAAAGACCAAUAGAACAUCACACACACACAGCUAUACGUGAUAAAUAUCCCUCGUUUAGCCUUACAGGACUGUAGGGACAUGUGCUUUUAGCAUGAUCAGGAACGUCGUAUUGGCUAGCGUAAUGUGCUAAAAUCCUGGCAACCUUGGUUUGUUUCCUGGCCAUGCUGCACGAUUAGGGAUUAAUUUUACGUCAAGUUGCCCUGAGCUUCUCUUGGGUAGAUUUAGCCUUAAACGAUUACCUGGCGUGGUGUGCAAACAUAAACACUCAGCAGAAAAUGACAGCUGGGCUUUGUUAGCCGCACCUCAUGUUCUUCCGUCGACAUUAAUAGGUGCUCGCUAAAAGCACUUGACCCAGAGAGGCGCACAUGCACACACGUAUUACAUAACAUUGUCUGACUGCUGGCAUGGAGAGUUAAAUCUCACUGGGACCAACCUGCUCUGACAUCCAUUGCCUUUUUUUUCUCCGUGAUUGUCUUGUGUAUGGAAUGUGGAAUUUCCCGUACUGGCUCAGGGCUGCCAAUGGAGAUUAGCAUCUCCCCAAAACUGUACAGAUAUAAUAAACCGGGUAGACGUAAACUCCGCAGUUGGUGAGGGAUUUCUGUACUUUCGCAAACAUGGAGAGACUUUUGACUCUAUACGUAUGCAAGAUGUUAUUGGCAACUGUGUCGCAUUUGUGUUUUCUUUGCUAAGCUUAAAGGUAUCGAGCAGCCCAGGAAAAUGACAGCACAGAACUACUUUAGUGCUGACUACCACCCAUUUCUGAUAAUCUGAAAUAGAAAUAGGUGGUACUCCAUUGUCUCCAAACAGUGGUUUACCACGUGCCAGUCAUCCAAGCAAAAUAUGUUAUUACUAAGUGGAAUCAUAUGAAUAAUUAUACAUAUAUGCAACCAAAUUAUUAAUAAAACGAAGUAGUUGAUAUAUUAGUCAUAUUCAUUAAUGACCGAGGUGUGAUCAAACAUUUAGAUUUUUAACAAUUGUCGUUGUGCCCGCUUGUCUGUCACACGUGGGCACGCUUGUAACGCGAGCACUCUCCCCGUGAGCCGCGCAUCUCCAGAUCGUCUGCAGCCGAUUCAAGGGCGACAACACCCUCUGGGGAGAAGCAGUCACGGUCAUAAUCACAGUCAUCGACAAGAACGACAAUAGCCCAGAGAUUUUCGAGACCACUUUCAGAGUGGAGCUCUCGGAAGCGGCCACCGCUGGCACAGCUGUUGUGACGGUGUCCGCCUCGGACAAAGAUGACCCGGAAACACCCAACGCCCAGAUACGAUACAAGCUUCUCACCGAGAUGUCCAUGUUUUCCUUGGAGGAGACCUCUGGGGAGAUCACCGUCAGCCAGUCGACCCUCGAUCGAGAGGACACAGCUGAAUACACUCUGGAAGUGGAGGCGAGAGACUGUAAUGGGCACAGUAAUGGAUUAUUCGCCCAGGCAACUGUGCACAUCACCAUUGCAGACGUCAAUGACAACGCGCCCACUUUUACACAGGAAGAAAUCCAAGUCACUGUUAACAAGGGCAGCAGAGACAUCACCGUUGCCACCAUCGCAGUGGAAGACAGAGAUGAGAAGCUCACGGAAAACUGGCGCGCCGUCUACAAAAUCAGUGGCGACACGGAGGAAAUAUUUUCCAUUUCCACCGAUCCCAACACCAAUGAAGGAGUCUUAAGACUUGCCAAGGAGAUAUACACUGACAUGGAGCUGCAGGUGUUGGUGGAGAAUGAGGUGCCCUUGGUGGCAGGGGUGGAGGAGACUAGCGUGGCAGGGAGGACAUGUCGAGUGCUUGUCUCCAUGCUGGGUGAAGUUGGGAGGAUCCAGUUCGUGCCCCCAGUUACCAAGGUGCACAUUCAGGAGACCGUCCUGGCUGGGCAAAUCCUCGCUGUGCUAUCAGCACAGGACACGGAGAACAACUCAAACGAGAAUAUGAGGUACGCCAUCCACGAGGAUGAGGCCAAUUUACUGGACAUUGAUGCAGCCACAGGGAAACUUUCUGCGAGGGCUGACUUGAAGAGGGACUCUCCGUUCUUACAAAACGACAAGUACACAGCGCUGGUCACUGCCACUCUGGAAGGAGAGGAGUUUGGCACGGCCACCGGAACGGUGCUGAUCGUGGUGCGGGACUCGGAGGACUCAGACUCGGGGCAGCGCCCGAUCGUGUUGCACACGACUGCGUGCGUCCGCGAUGAGAACUCGUCCGUGUCGAUUGACAUCGCCGCCACCGAUGCACAAGGGGCGUUUGUGGGGUCACCACCGUUCGAGUUCUUCGUUGACAGCCAGGACCAGGGCUGGGUGAUCACGCAGAUGGACGGUUCUCGGGCAAAGCUGAGUGUGGAGUCGGGGACACUGCCGUGCGGUGAUUACUUCAUCCCUGUCAUGGGUGUCGACGCUGCCGGCUCAGAGCUAGGUUUGAGUGUGCAGCUUACAGUGUGUCGCUGUGAAGAUGGCCCGGCCAUCGUCGGUGUUCUGCCCGUGCAGGAUGGAAAAACAGGGCUCUGCUUGUCCAGUGGAGGCCUCGCUGCCAUUUUGUGUUCUAUCAUCGCCGCGCCUCUCCUAGGUGUAGUGUUUUUGGCACUCCUUCGUAAGUGGUUUACUCGAAGAGAAGUGGAAAACAAAGGCUUCAUCCAAGCAGCAUCCAGCGAUGAUGUACAGUGUGAAAGCCAAGGUCAACGAAGAUUGGAAACUGUUAUUGAAGAAGUUAAUGUGGAAAGCUCAACAAGCACACACAGAAGUGCAUCUGGGAGCAGACCCACAUUACUCAUGGAAAAAUCUACGAAAAUUAGACAUUCUGAAGCCAUGGCAAUUUCAAAAGGUGAUGAGAAGACCCUAACCUGUGUGCAUGAGGACAGCCUUAGUCAGAGCUGCACAAAAGCUAAGAAGGAACACAUUGCCGAAGAAGAAUUGUUAAUGAGAGCAACAGGAGCACUGAUAUCGGAUAUCAAUGCAGGCCAAACAAACGUCAAUGUAUCAAGGCUGAACUACAGGGAUGAAACGGAGGGACAAGAGGAUGCAUCAAUGGAAGCCAAAGUGAAGGCGACGCGGUCUGUUGAGGUUUUGUCUGAGCAGGAUUUAGUGAGGUACAACCGGGCUCUCAAUGGUAAGGACAAAGUCAGUGUUGACUUUGGGAACUCGCAUGCUUCCUCUUGCCAUCUACAGUUACAAGACAAAGCUAUCACAGUGAUGGAUGAGAGAAAUGUCGAGGUGAUCUAUGGCAGUGAAGAUGGCGGUGACAAGUUGAAGCGGCAAGAUUUAGAGUAUAAAGUAAAAUCGGCAAAUGUUCUAAAGUCUGAACACAUGGCCACAAGCACGGUAACGUCCAAUAAGGGCAACCUAAAGACUACGCACAUUGAGAAAUUAGAGGUGCGAGACCUUGAUUCCACGGGAGCAUUCUCUCGUGCCGACUCUGAAAUGGGAUUGCGAACCAUGAGUCAAGCUGUUAUGCAGCAGGCGUAUAGGCAGGGCGUCAACGUUUUGCCAGACACUCCUGUCAGCUCCUUACACACGACUCACUCGAAUACAUUGGAAGCUGGCACUGGCACUGCCACACACUUACCAGGCUCGUCAUUAGCUGUGUCUAGACAAAGCAGUGGCGCAAAAACCCAAAUGCAGGUUUCGUCCCUGCAUGUUAAGUCUGCAGAUCAUUUAACGAGUGUGGAUUUUGGCAGCCGUCCUGCUGCAUCUGACACAGUUUCAACAAAUGAUUCUGUGUCGUCCGUAUACCAUGGUCAUUCCAGCAACAUGGUCAUCCCAGUGCAGACAGAACUAUUUGCUGAUCACCAGUCGAUGGACAAAACUGCAACAUUCAUGUCUUUGGUCAAGUCAGAGCAGUCGGAAAUAACAAAUUCAUUGCAAUCUCAAGACGUGAGCGAAAGUGGAUCAAGGCAAGGGUCAAAUACAUUUGAAGGCAACGAGGUAACGUUUGAUAGCAGCUCGACCCUACAAGGUUCGGGAGUUCAAGAUCGCAGUUCACUGUCGACCAAAACCAUGACUGAAGGGAGGAGUGUGACACCAGCAAUAGAAGCUGUAAAACAUGCUCAAGAUUACCCAAUGGUUGUCACCUCUGGGGAUUGUCAAGGAGCAUCUGGAGCAACACUUUCAAAAGCCUCAAGAAGCACCAUAUCUUCAUUUUCCUCUAGUCAGCCCAGUAGCACCACAACUCAGACAGAGCCUUUGUCACCAUCUCAGUUCAGGGAAGAACCGGGACAGUUCACGUUUCAGAGUUCAGAGGUCAUCAUAGAAUCACAGGCUGGAGACACUGUUAAAUUUGGAACUAAACAGACAUCCAAAACUUCUGAUAUCAGGAGAGUCCAAUUUGAUAACGCGAGCCAAGAAGAUCACUCAUUAUCAGGGAAUACAAAAUUAAUUCUGGAGGGAAGGAGAACAGACGUGUCCUCAUUGGCAGGAGGUACACAUAUAAUUGACAUUCAGAAGGGUAUGCAGUACAGCACAGUUGUUGGCAAUCGGUCUAAAGGAACUUCCAUAGGCGGUGUUCCAGAAAUCAUUACAACAAGUGCCAGCACAUAUUCUGCACCAGUGUCCACACAUCAGUCCUCUAAUAUGCAAACAGAACCAUCAAAAACUUUAUUUGUUAAAUCUGUGCAGCAUUCUGUUGGGGGUGGUCAAGAAGGAAAUAUCGCUACAGCUGGUACAGGUCUUAUUCAAGGCUCGAGUUCAUCCUUUUCUGCUGGUGAAACCACAAGUGUGAAGACAACAAUGUUAUCAUCACAAACUCUAAACAAAAGUAAAGACUCUAGUUCAGAAGCAAAUGUGCUGCAUUCAAAGCCUCGCCAAUGUAAAGACAGCAGCAGCGAUGUGCAUGGAGAAACAUUGCAAAGUUUAGAAUGCUCCGGAAAGGAAUUUGAACACAGAGUCAUCCAACGCGUGGGCAGUCAAGAGCAACAAUCUGUUUUAGAAACGAUGAAUUCAACUAUUGAAGGAAAACAAAAGCAUGCAUCACCAUCACUUAAAAGUGACACAAAGGUGAUAUUUAAAAAACAAAGGAGCUAUACCGGAGAUGUAGAGUUUGGAGUUCAAUCAACCACUCGUGCUAAUUCCAUAAACAGCUCCAGUGGUUUGGUAUCAUCUCUUUCAUCCAUUCAGCAGAAUAAAAUAGAAAGACCACUUUUACCCGCACUGGCAACGUCUCUGGAACACACUGUUGGUGACACUUCAGAGGUAUAUUCCACCAGUGCUGACAUAUGGUCUAAGAAAAGUUCUUUGUCGUCAUUUUCUUCUGAUGAACACAGCAGAAAUACGAUCCAAGGGCAAACGAUUUCUUCUAUACCUGCAAAUAAAGGGAAACGUUUGGAUGUAACAGAGAGCUUCACUCCAUCUACACAACCUGAUGGACUCAGACAAGGCUCUGUUCAGCUAAAGUGUCCAGAAGAAAUUUCCAAAAAACAGGAAAAAGAAAAUCAAGCAGGCAAUUUAGUAACACAGAAAACGUUUUUCAGUUCCAUCCAAAAGAAACCUCAAAAAGAAAUGACAAACGCAAGCAGCACUUUCAUUGAAUCAGGAACAGAAAAGCUAUUGAGUGAAUCAACACAGUUAAACACCAAGUUGAAACCUGCAGAGAAUCCUAUUCCGCUUUGUACAAAUAAGACAUUAGUACAGCCAUCGAGUAUAACCAACAGUGGCAUUCAAUAUGCCGAUAAAAUGCCAAACAGUGUUUCUAUAAGAGGUUCAGAGGCUUCAGCCAUUCCCAAAUUGCAUGGAUCUUCACUAGGCGCCGGUUUGUCAAACGCGCAAGGAAAAUGGGAAUCCUCACGGGGUGUCCCGACUGCUCUGGCUGCCACAGGUUCAAAGAGUCAUGGCAUUGUUUCAGAGGAAUUUGGGCACAAGCAGCUUACGAGUCCAACAAAAUCAAUGGGUCACAGUCAUUACGCUUCCAAGUCUUCCUCAGCAGGUACUAUCUCGUCCGACAUGGGCGGCGGUGGACAUUCAACUUCUUACCAAAUUUCAGCGUCUGACAACACUGUUGAAGGUCACGUUAAACAUGCAAUGUCAAUAUCGCAACAGGCUACAAAAUACCAUCUGCAGCCAUUACAUGAGGAUGUUGCGCCAGUUAAAGGUGCAGCAUUUUCUGCUUCACUAGAGCAGCAUUCACUUUUGCAUCAACAAAACGUGAGUGGAGCAUCUGGAAGAGAGCUACUGGAAACAGCAGACAAGUCUCAAGCUCAGCUUGGAGGCAUGGUGAGCACAAGAAUGACCUCUGCACCACAUGCGAUGCAACUGCAACACAGCGUGGCAUCUGUACAGUCACAGGCUGCGAAGGUUUCACAACCUGUGCAACUACAGAGAAACAUGACACAUGAGACCACAGCAUCCCAACGAACAAACCAAUCUGAUCACAGGGAGAAAGAAGUCUCUAGCCACACUUCCAUCCAUGCAAAGCCCUCCAUUUCUGGUUUGAAGCAAGCAAGAGGCGGUGAUGAAACGAUACGGAUAGUGAUAGAUGAAUCAAAUGUCACGCCAGAAGAGGAAGCAGGGUAUUUCAGAUCAUUCCAUAGAUACGAGAGUGCCCAUAUUCAUUGACCAUCCCCAUCAUGCUUAGUCUCACUUUCACAAGCAAAAUAGUACAUGUUUCUAAAUCGCAUGCAACUGCCAUUUCAAAAUAGGUGAUAUGUUGCUAUGCACACAACAUGUAACUUCAGUAUGCAUAUUAUAGGAAGUGUUGUUAUCGUAACAUGAGUGUGCAGGUGAACUUUGCCCGCUUUUUAUUGGAUUCAGAAUCACACUCUUCCAUUCUUUUUUCGAAAAAUUGGGUAAUCUAAAAUAGGUGUCAUAUUUAAACUGCAAACUUGUAUCAGGCUUCCUUUAAAAUAUACACAUUCCAAAUCAAACAUGAACAUUUAUUUUUUAUUGGGAUUUUUUAAUGCAAAAUUUCACGUCAUUUUUGGAGGGCUGUAAUUUUUGGGCGGCCAAUGUGAACAUUUUACAUUUGAUAUAUUAAAUUAUGAAUUUAUAUUUUGUUUCAGCUCAAUCUUGGGUAGCUAAAAUGUGUUUUUUGAAGUGUUGUUAUGACCAUUGACCUAUACUUUUGCCAAAUACCGUAUUAGCUUUCCAGCACUUCUAGGAUAGUAUUAAGAAUGUGUAUCACUCACACACGCAUGACUGACUGAUUUAUACAAAAUUCUGUGACCUUAAAAUUUUUGCCUGAAAUUUUGACUAUAUUAAAGUUUCACCUUAUAUAUGAUGUAUAUUUCUAAGUGAUAUUUCUAAAUAAAACAUUUUCCGUGUAAUUGUGAUAAAGAUUCAGAAAACGGUGUACCUUAUAUACAUGUUCUGUCCAGACUAUAGCCUCAUAUGGU